AUGAUUACUACUACUCUUAGCCUUUUCAUUUUCUCUGCGCUAUCAGCGGCGCAUGGAGAUCAUGGACAGACUCCCAUGUCGGGGCCACACAAAGGACUAUGGUACAACACGCUGCCGGGAGAUGGCGGCACGCAGGCUGACUCGGUAUUCUCCGGCAUCUCCACGUUCGGUCGCCUUCCUUACUUCCCAUGUCUUUCUAGCGAGGACGAGAGCUACGAUAUUGCCUUCCUAGGAGCCCCCUUCGAUACCGGUACUUCGUAUAGACCAGGUGCUCGCUUUGGACCGAGUGGCAUCAGACAAGGCUCACGCCGACUCAAUCUCUACGGUGGAUACAACGUGCCCCUUCAGGCGAACCCGUUUGUUAGCGAUUUGAAGGUCCUGGACUGUGGUGAUGUCCCAGUCACUUCUUACGACAAUGCCUGGGCUAUUCAGCAGAUCGAAGAAGGUCACAACAGUGUUCUAAUGCGCAAGCCGUUUACCGAUGCUCAUAAGCCAGGUCUGUCCCGAGCAGGAAAGACACUACCCCGCGUUAUCACCCUCGGAGGUGAUCAUACUAUUACCCUGCCCUUGCUACGGAGCAUCAACAGAGCCUACGGGCCUGUCACUGUCAUUCACUUUGACAGUCAUCUCGACACCUGGAAACCCAAGGUCUUCGGUGGCUCGCCCAGCCAAGUCGCUGCCAUCAACCACGGCACUUACUUCUAUCACGCUGCUAUGGAGGGCUUGCUGAGAAAUGACACCAAUAUCCACGCCGGCAUCCGCACCACUCUCUCUGGCCCUUCGGAUUAUGAGAACGAUGGAUAUUGUGGGUUUGAAAUUGUCGAAGCCCGAGAGAUUGACACGAUUGGCACCGACGGUAUCAUCAAGAAAAUUCGGGACCGUGUCGGCACGGAGAACCCUGUGUACCUGUCAAUUGACAUUGACACCCUCGAUCCCGCCUUUGCCCCGGCUACUGGUACCCCCGAAACUGGAGGUUGGUCUACACGCGAGCUACGAACAAUUAUUCGUGGUCUCGAUGGAUUGAACUUCAUCGGUGCGGAUAUUGUCGAGGUUGCACCGGCAUAUGAUACCAAUGCCGAGCUGUCCACGAUGGCGGCUGCGGAUGUGUUGUACGAGGUUCUCACCAUCAUGGUGAAGAAGGGUCCCCUGUCUGUCGAGGGUCGGUCGCACGAACUGUAG